AAAAGCCGAUGUGAAAUCUGCCAGUGAUCGAGAGGAAGGAUCUUUCGGCGCGACGAGCAGACAAGGAGGUCUAAUCGUAAUGUCAGACUAGUUGGCACGGCAGCAGCUGGGGUCGCUUUUGAACUCUCCACUUUUGACUGAAGAGAAAUCUAUGUUUUGUGUUUUACUGGCACAAGUUGCAAAGCGGACAUCGUUAUUGAGCUUUGCCGCAUCUCUAAUGUGUUUGCUGCUUUUAGUAUUUAUAGUUUAAGCGCACCCCCCCAAGCAGUGCCCAAUGCCGAGGAAUGGAUAGCGUGUCUGGCAAAGGUGGAAAGAUGGUUGAAAGUGAUGAACAGCCGGAGAGGGCGAGCUGCGGUGGCGCAGGGAUGGCCGCACUACACCAGUGCGAACUCAUCCAGAACAUGAUCGAGAUCUCCAUCUCCAGCUUACAGGGGCUCCGGACGAAAUGCGCGGCUUCCAACGAUCUCACACAGCAAGAGAUACGCACCUUGGAGGUGAAACUGAUGAAGUACAUCAGCAAGCAGCUACAGUGUAAACAGAAAGUGCCGGACAGCGAGAGACCCCAGGGUCUGGGAAGCUACCCCCGGCUGACUGACUGGCUGCGGACUGUCAACCUGCGACCUGAGGUCAUAGAGGCUGUGUCAGGGAAACUGUCCCUGGAUACACUGCUACAGAUGUCCGGAUCCCAGGUGCGUGACACAAUGAGGAAGCUAGGCUCCAGCUCGGAGGAGUGCUCCCGGCUCACUGCUGCCCUCUCCUGUCUGAAGAGCGCCGCUGAAACAGGAGGGGAACUUAGAGAAGAUGGUCUGUGGAUUUCAGAGUCCGUGCGGAGAGACAGCGGCUCCUCGGUUCCCACCGACCAACUGUUGUGCCCCAUGGGGUCCCUACGGCCCCAUAGCCCCUCCCCCCUGGCUCGCCCCGCCGGCUCCACCUCCACCCCCUCCCCGCCCUUCAAUCCCGGCCUCCAGCUCCGCUCUGUGUCCGACAGCCUGGGUCCUCAAAUCUUUGCCGACGGCCAGCUCGACGCCUUCCCGCCCUCCCCCAGAAUGCCCCGUGCCUUCAGCCAAGCCGCCACGCCGCCCAUCACCCCUCCAUCCAAGAGGCGGCCCCAGCUGAAGCCCCCCCGCACGCCACCGGCCCCGUCCCGUAAGCUGCUGCACUUGCUGCCAAACAUCACGCUCACGCGUAGCCGGAGUCACGAGUCACAGCUGGGGAACCGCAUCGAGGAGCCGGUCGCUAACAGCAGGUGCACGAAGAAGAACAAGCUGUUGCUGAAGGUGCAGAUCAAUGGCAGUGGCAUUGUGGUCGAAGACUCCCCGUCGCGUUCGCCGCUGCUCUCUGUCCGCACCCCGGGCGCUGUCUCCACCCCUAAUACAGCCUCCUACACCCUGCCCGCCACGCCCACGCUCCUGGAGGAGCGCCUCGUCGUUAAAAAUAACCUGCUGCUACACAGGAGUUCCCAGCAGCCUGUGAGGAGAGACAUAGAUCUGCCUGUGACCCACAGGUUUUCCACAAAGUCCUGGUUGUCCAAGGUGUGUGAGGUCUGCCACAAGAACAUGAUGUUCGGCGUCAAGUGCAAACACUGCAGGUUAAAGUGCCACAACAAAUGCACAAAAGAUGCUCUUCCCUGCAAGAUAUCGAUUAUUUCAUUCCGCAAUUUAGUCCGAAGGAUCCGGAGGACAGAGUCUGUACCGUCGGACAUCAACAACCCUACGGACCGACCUGCCGACUCCCCGCAGUUUGGAACGUUACCAAAGACGCUUAAAAAGGAUCACCCUCCAGUUCCCAACCAGCUGGACUCCAGCAGUAACCCCUCCUCCACCACUUCCUCCACGCCCUCUUCCCCUGCCGCCUUUCAGCAGAGCAACCCCCCCAGUGCCACGCCUCCCCCCAACCCCUCACCCAAGGGUUCCCGUGACAACCGCUUCCACUUUCCCGCCGCCUGCUACUUUCAGCACAGACAGCAGUUUGUCUUCCCCGAUGUCUCCAGUUUACCACAAUCUGCAGCUUUAAAUUGUGAGGGAUGUCUGGACUCUGGGGAGACGGAGAAGCAGGGAGAUGAGCAUGGACUGCAGCAUGAACAAGCCAUGGCAGGGGGGGAGGAAGGGGCAGACGAGGAGGAAGACCCAGGAGAGGAUGGGGAGGGGGAGGGGCAGGACAAAGUGAGCUCGGAGGGCGAAGGUGAAGGAGAUGAACUGGACGACCUGCCCAGCUCACGGGGCGGCCAUUGGAAAGGCCCCAUCUCGCGCAAGCCCAGUCAGACCAGCGCGUACCUGCAGGAGUGGGACAUCCCGUUUGAGCAGCUGGAACUGGGCGAGCUCAUUGGCAAGGGGCGCUGGGGCAAGGUACACCGGGGCCGCUGGCAUGGCGAGGUGGCCAUCCGACUGCUGGAGAUCGACGGCAACAACCAGGACCACCUGAAGCUCUUCAAGAAGGAGGUGAUGAACUACCGGCAGACACGGCACGAGAACGUGGUGCUCUUCAUGGGGGCCUGCAUGGUGCCUCCACAUCUGGCCAUCAUUACCAGCUUCUGUAAAGGACGGACACUGUACUCUGUCGUGAGAGACGCCAAAAACACACUGGACAUCAAUAAGACCAGGCAGAUCGCUCAGGAAAUUGUGAAAGGAAUGGGCUAUCUUCACGCCAAGGGAAUCGUCCACAAGGACCUCAAGUCCAAGAAUGUGUUUUAUGACACUAACAAGGUGGUCAUCACUGACUUUGGGCUCUUCGGGAUAUCGGGAGUCGUCCAGGAAGGAAGGCGGGAAAACGAGCUGAAACUGCCCAAUGGAUGGAUCUGUUACCUGGCCCCGGAGAUUGUGCAGCGGAUGGGCCCAGGGAAUGACGAGGAUCGUCUCCCGUUUUCCAACGCCGCCGACGUCUAUGCCUUCGGCACCAUCUGGUACGAGCUACAGGCCCGGGACUGGCCGAUUACCAAGCAGCCCGCGGAGGCCACCAUCUGGCUGGUUGGCAGCGGAAAGGGCAUCAAAAAGGUGUUGGCCGAGAUCAGCAUGGGCAAGGAAGUCACGGAGAUCCUUUCUGCCUGUUGGGCCUACGAGUAUAACGACAGACCCAGCUUCACCCAUCUGGCCGACAUGCUGGAGAGGCUGCCCAAACUCAACCGCCGGCUCUCGCACCCGGGACACUUCUGGAAGUCUGCAGAGUACGUAUCCUAGAGGCGGGAUGGCAACGCACUGGACACUGAAUGCAGUGCCCCACCCCCCUCCCCCCCUCCCAGUUGUGCUCUAGCCUUGGAUGCACGGCCCAUACAGGACCGGAAGCAGGGAAUCACCACAUAUAUGUUUGCACCAUUGGUGAUUGGGGUGGGGGCCGCUCCUUGUGAAAAAACUGGGAUGCCCCAACACCCCCCACCCCCAAAUCCCAAGUGGGCACCCCCACUGAAUGUCAUAUGGUGUACAGUACCUGAAGCCUUUAGUGCUGAUGAUGUGCUCGACUCUACGCCAGGAACGGACAGAGAUGGUCUUUCUUUGAACGGACGGAUACCGUGUAACAGACUGAUUAAAGGUCCUGCUGCAUUCUGCUGAGUUUUAAUUUUUUUUGGGGGUGGGGACAACUAAAACUUAACCGAAACUUUUAUCAUGUGCUGUUUUUCUUGUCUUUUGUACCAUGGAUAGUCUGCAAUGGAAUCGACUGUACUUUUAAACACAGCUGUGAAACCUUUUUAGUUAUAGUUGUUGUUGUUGUUAUUAUUAAGAUUGGGUUUGGUGCCACAUAAACCACUGUGUCCCAGUGCUGUUACACCCACGAAUGUGUGAAUCGACUUGCGCUGGCCCAGCGUCUGCUUCAGACCUGCCGUUCCCGGAGGCCUCCUCUUCGCGGCUUCACACACGCGGCGGGGCGGCUGGAUGCCAAGGGAAGUUCUUGCCAGACUGGCCGGUGGCACCAGAACCAGCACUAAAGAAAAUGAGAUGGGAAAGAACAGUCGGGCGGAACCCGAAGGUUCUGGAUGUGGUUUCCUGUUUUCACAGAAAGUCUUAAUUUAAAACCCCCCAGUGUGCGGCGAGUAGUGGGGGCAGUGCGUGUGAAAGGCACCGUUUCUGUGCAGUGAAGCGCACGUACUGUGACGGGACAGUGUGUGAUUCUGGGUUUUUCUUUUCCUCGUUUUACUGUAUGUUGGUUACACUCCUCUUCUGAUUCCCCUGAUCGGGCGCUUAAUCAGAUAAAGUUUCAACUUAAGACCUUCCUCUGACUUCUCAUAUUUCCCCUCUAACUUUCUGUUAACUCGUCACGUGCAGUUCCUCUGAACGCUCCGUCACUAACUUCCUGAUUCUCUCCCACUAACCUCCGCCUUUGCUUCUCUUUUCUUCUCUCUCUCCUCUUCCCGUCUUUGUCCUCCCCCGUCUCCGAUCCCGCCCCGAUGUAGGUUGUAGCCGGCAGCGCGAAUCGCAGGCAGAGCCUGGCAUGCCACUCAAGCUGUGAACCUGACUUGUGCAUCGCUGGCAGAGAGAGGCAGUGCUUCCGAUGAGAAUCUACAUGGGGGGAGGGGGAUUCUGGGAAACCUUGUCUCAGCCCCUUACUGGCAAAGAUGGUUUUUGUUUUUAAGUACUUGUUUGGUUCAUUUGUUUUUAUAUUAGUCUUUCCUGCUAGGUUUCUUCUCAGCUGCUGACACCGGCCACUUUAUUCAUAUAAAUGUUCUGUUUAAUGUUCCUUUUCUCAGCCGCUGCAAGCCUACCUCUGUAUCCUGCCUUCACUUUGGCAAUUGUAGCAAUUGUCUGUGCUUAUCUUGUUUCUUUGUUUUUUACUUCCUGGGCCGGCUCCAGUGGAACCCUGGCUUCCUGAAAAGCUUUUGGCAAUAGAACUAUUUUCGUGGCGAUUUUUGACCAAACCCCGCUCCGCCGCAUACUGCCACCCUGGUCACGUGUUAUGGGGGUGGGCGCACUUCCUGUCUUCCUGUUUCUUCCUGUUUUGGAGUCGCCAGUGCAGCGAGGCGGUUGGCGGACGUGUAGCGCAGUGCCAAGAGGUCUGUCUGGUUUUGCAGCGUUUUGUCUACAGGACUGUUGUUUUUGAGACUGUGGAUCGAGUUCUCUCCCUGUUAGAUGAUGGGAGGCCACUGACCGCACGUGUUUUAAGAUACACAAUUUAAAAAUCAUUAAAAAAAAACUAAUAGCAAGUGGGAAGAAACAACUACAACUCGUUGGCAUGACAGUGUUUUUUUAAUUUUUAAAUCAUUACCUCUUGUGCACUAGUGUUGUGUGUGCGUGUGUGUGUGUGUGUGUGUGUGCGCGCGCGCGUGCGUGCGUUUCGGCACAUGAUUGUUACAAUUACCCAAUGGCUACCACGUGGUUGAAUGUACUGUUUGGGAUAACUAGGGGUUAAUUCUUGCAGUUUUGGAGAAGAUCUAUAAAUAUAUAAAUAUUGUUUUAUUUAAUGUACAGCUAACAUAAUUCUUUUAAUAUUUGUAUAAACAUUUUAUAUUUCACUGUAACAUCAUAACAUUUUUAAAUAGGUACAACUUCCCCAGCAGUGUACAGAUCUUUAUGUAUUUUUUCCAUGUACAAAAUGGUUAAACAUAAAUUAUACAUUUUUUAGAAUGGGUCAAUAUGUUUUUUUAUGUCAUGUAAGAAUUCAUAUUUUUGUAUUGCAUGUGGCAGCCAUAUUGUACACACAGGUUUUGUUUCCGUUCUUGAAAGACAAUAAAGCCUCCUCAUGUGA